GCGCUUUUACUCUAGGGACGCAGGGACUACAACUCCCAGGGCCGCCCGGCGGCAGCAGGUGGGAGCGGGGCUGUUGAUAUCAAUAUGGCGGUUGUCAGCCAGACAAAGACAGUCAGUCUGAUGUGAUUGAGACAAGGGAGGUUUUCAGGGGGAGACUGGGAGAUAAGGGCCUCCCCUCCCCCUUCUCCUCUUCCUGCGCCGGCCUCAACCCCUCCCCAGUCCCCUCCCGACAGGCGCCCCACGCGGAAGACACCCCUCCCCCUCCCGCUUUCCCCUCCUCCUACCUCAGCCCUUCGUACUGGGACGUUGGGGAGGGGGUUUGUGCCGGGCGGAGAGAACUCUGCAAGGAUUCUGAGAAUGAUAAGUAACGCUGAUAAUCUCUAGAAAGGAUAUUGAUUCACCUCAUGUAAAGUAUGCUCAGUUCCUUUCCAGUGCUUUUGCUGGAAACCAUGUCUCACUAUACAGAUGAGCCCAGAUUUACCAUAGAGCAGAUAGAUCUGCUUCAGCGCCUUCGGCGAACCGGAAUGACCAAGCACGAAAUUCUCCACGCCCUCGAAACUUUGGACCGUCUCGAUCAAGAGCAUAGUGACAAGUUUGGAAGAAGGUCCAGCUACGGAGGAGGUUCAUAUGGGAAUAGUACCAGCAACGUUCCGGCAUCUUCCUCCACAGCUACAGCUUCCACACAGACUCAGCAUUCGGGAAUGUCCCCAUCACCCAGCAACAGCUAUGACACCUCCCCACAGCCUUGUACUACCAACCAGAAUGGGAGGGAGAGUAAUGAGCGAUUACCCACAUCCAAUGGGAAGAUGUCACCCACUCGCUACCAUGCAAACAGCAUGGGUCAGAGGUCAUACAGCUUCGAAGCCUCAGAAGAGGACCUAGAUGUAGAUGAUAAAGUGGAGGAAUUAAUGAGGAGGGACAGCAGUGUGAUAAAAGAGGAAAUCAAAGCCUUUCUUGCCAAUCGGAGGAUUUCCCAAGCAGUUGUUGCACAGGUAACAGGUAUCAGUCAGAGCCGGAUCUCUCACUGGCUGUUACAGCAGGGAUCAGACCUGAGUGAACAGAAGAAAAGAGCAUUUUACCGAUGGUAUCAGCUCGAGAAGACGAACCCUGGGGCUACGCUAAGUAUGAGACCAGCCCCCAUUCCAAUAGAGGACCCAGAAUGGAGACAAACGCCUCCCCCGGUCUCAGCCACGUCUGGUACCUUCCGACUUCGACGAGGGAGUCGAUUUACCUGGAGAAAGGAGUGCUUGGCUGUCAUGGAAAGUUACUUCAAUGAGAAUCAAUACCCAGAUGAAGCAAAGAGAGAAGAAAUUGCAAAUGCUUGCAAUGCAGUUAUACAGAAGCCAGGCAAAAAACUGUCAGAUCUGGAACGAGUCACCUCCCUGAAAGUAUAUAACUGGUUUGCUAACAGACGGAAGGAGAUCAAGAGGCGAGCCAACAUCGAAGCAGCAAUCCUGGAGAGUCAUGGGAUAGAUGUACAGAGUCCAGGAGGCCACUCCAACAGUGAUGACGUAGACGGAAAUGACUACUCGGAGCAGGAUACUUGGCAAGUACGCAAUGGGGAGGAGGAGGAGGGAAGAAGUUCAGAGGGAGGCAGAGAAGCAGAGAAGGUAGAAGAAGAGAGGAGGAUCUGAUCCAAACAAGACGACAGCACGAGCCACAGUGACCACCAGGACCCCAUCUCAUUAGCUGUGGAAAUGGCGGCAGUCAACCACACUAUCUUGGCCUUGGCCCGACAAGGAGCCAACGAAAUCAAGACAGAGGCCCUGGAUGACGACUGAUCAGGGAGGGCUGAACACGAGAAGUUAACUUAGUUUAGACGUAGCACCUUAGCAGACUUUCCUCGGUCCUUAACAUGUGUUCUUACAGUAUAACUUGCAGUUUCUUGUAUGUCAGUUAGCCGUUAGGGUCUUGUUCUGUGGAGAUGGCAUGGUGCCCUCAGCCUUCGCAUAUACUCUCUCAGUAUUAACGCCCAGUAACUAAUCACCGACCGACCGACCAGACUUCCCUCUCCCAGCCCCUGAGGCUAGAAAAUCUUGCUGCUCUGUCUUAGCAUUCCAAGAAAGUGCUUCCAGGUAUUUAGAUAGCCCUCGGUUCUCAAGUAUUAGGCUACGUGUCAAACCUCGGGUUCCCUUAGAUUCCUGUUAACACUAGUCUGUACUCCUGUUCCUUCCCCAAGACUGGUAGGAUGCAAGCUGAGGUAGUGUGGCCCAGGACGGACAGACACCACGUGGGGAGUGUCCGCAGAGUAAAAGGAACACUAGAAUCCCCACCUCGGCGUGGGAGUCAUUGAUUUCCAGCUGCAAUAAGCCGUGCCUCCUAUAGUCACACCGUGGCUAGAUAACACUUCUUUGGGUGCUGUGCUAAGAAUGUCAAAGGAAAAACUUGAUCUCAGAUUAUGGGUGAUGCUAACAUGCCUGACACAGACAUCCUUUCCUCUCACAAGCUGUGUGACUUAGUAGAUAAAAUACUGCCUUCUGCCUUUGGGACCAUGAUUAAAACAAACAGAAAACAAAAGUCAUUAAAAAAAAAACCCACAAAACCCAGCUUGAGAGAAUUGAGGAAAACACACGAGCCGAAUGUCUAAUGGAUGUUAAGUCCAGUUCUCAGAACCACUGUACGUUACGGGGCACAGCUCCGUGCCUACCUGGAAAGGUGCUGGAGGUGAGCAUGGAAGCGGCUUUGCCUCCUGUCUGUGUCCCCUUUCCCUGCUACCAAAAAAGAAACGGUCUUUCGAGGAUGGAGCUAAGGUCAAAAGUGAGUGAAUGAACUUCUUUCUUUGUAUCAAUUAACCGAAGCCCCCUCAAUGAGAGGUUGCUAGAGUGGGAUUGUGCUGACUGACUAUCACAAAUGCAAACGCUGUCCUCAGUGGGAGCAGAAAAGAGCAGGGGACAUUUGCCACCUGCGUGUAGGUCUGCGAGACACUACAAGAUGUGACUUCUUGGUGUGCUCUUUACUCUGUCCUUGGAGAGGUGUGAAAAGCUAUAUUGCCACAGGCAAUUUAUUUAAUAAUUGGAAGCCAUAUUGAUAAUGGAUGUGGUAAUAUUUGUAAAGUUUAAUCUACUUUAAGCGGCAGUAACUAAUGGAAUUUUUUUCCUUGAUCACAUAUGUAGCACUUUUGUUACUUUUUAAAGAUAUUUAUAUUUGAUAAAUCUUUUUUUCAUUUUGAGAACUCAAAAUACCAAACAGUGAGCUUGCGUUAUAAAGUCACCCUGUGAUCACCUUGUCAUCCAGUAGCAAAGUGAUGAACUACUCAUGCGUCAGAGAAAAUUACACCUGCUGGCCUUGUAUGAAAGUCAUCUCUUGGCAUCCCGAUCAGAGGACACACUGUCACUGUGGGUAAGAGGAAGCAGCCGUCAGUGCGGCGCAUAGGGUGCGCCUGAGAGAGUAUUUCUGGCCGUGUGUUUCCUGCCUUGUCCCCUCUCCUUUCUGCGAGCAACGAAGCCCUGUUUAAAGGGGAGCGUGGGGCUGGCUCCGAAGCAGGGCUUUGUCUGUUUGUCCAUUACCUGAAAAGGACUUCUAAGGAGGGCGCCAUUUCCUUACCUCUUCACCCUUCCUCCUCCGCCAAAUGUUUUCAACCUAAAACCAUUGAGAGAGAGGAUGCCGGAGCUGCUUCCUUUCCCAUCCUCGUCAGUGAGGUCUGAGGGCCCGCCAGGGUCCCGCGGGGCCCACUCCGCCGGCCUCCGUGUCUGUCAGUCCUGCUCCGCCAGCGCGGAGGCUGCGGACAGGCGAGGAGACGCCACCUCCCGCAGGCCCGCGACUUCCGUGCGCUGUCGGCGGGACCUGGGCCUGCUUGUCCAUGAUUUCAGGGGGAGAUUGUAUAUAUAUAUUUCCAGCUUCCAAGAAUUGAAGUAAAAUGGAGGAGUCUUUUCUGUUUUACUGUAUUACUUGAACCAACGAAUUCAAGAGUAGCAUUUGUUAUUCUCAGGAAUGAUCCCCCCGUUCAUUUUCUUUCUUGACGUGUUUAACUUUUUAUUUCAAUUAGGAGAUUGUGUUAUCUUUCAUUCCUUUUAUAUUAUUUAGAAGAAACAUAUUGUGUCUUUCCAUUUCAGUGGAAUUUUGUCUGCUUCUUCUCAGUUGAAUCAGAAAGGAGAGAAAAAUACACUGUCUGACAAGCCACAUCCAUGAUUUAUUGUAAGGAGAUUGUUAUAAUUGAUGGCUUCGUUAUGAAGGGACUGCUCGUAUCAUUUGUUCUUGCUGGUCCUUUUAAAGAAACAGACUCAGACUGUUAAGACAGCCGCAGCUUCUGAGGAAAUACUGUGAUGGCCAGAGAACAGCUGAAAGGUUUCGUUGUUGUAAGACCUUUAAGAAAGGAAAAAAAGCUUCAGAGAAUAAAGCAGAGUGAGUAUCCAUGAAGCCUGAGUACCAGGUCUUACCUGGAAAUCUUGACAAAGCGCAGGACUGAGUCUGCCAGUGCAGGGUAGCAUCGCAUUGGGUUCAGUAGGAGCUGGAGGAAGGAAUCCUGCACCCAGAAUUCUUCAUUAAAGAAGACCGCUGGUCUGCUCUAAGAUCCACUGCCUUACAUAUAACUUUUGCUUUUUCACCAAGAGUAAAAAUUUAGUUCUUUGAGGCCUUGAUUUAAAUCUCCCGUUGGUUGUUUCUCUGUCAUCAGGUUUAAUUCCGCUGUCUUCUCUGGGCUACCUUCGUGCUCACAGUGGCAUAUGGAGUUGCCACUGUCAAACUUGUAGUAUCUUUGGAUUGUAAGGUUUUUUUCUUAAGCUUUUUCAGGUUUGACAGGUAGUAUUAAAACAGAAACCCUAAAACUGCUCUCUUACUGAAGGGAAAAUAGCCAGGCUCUUAAAGAAUCCCAUUUUGUGCUUUCUGGUUGUUCUGUCCUCUUCUCUCACGUUUGCUGUACUUUUUUCAGGCCCCAGAGGACUCUUUCCGGGGCUGCUCCUUCCCGGGUAAGGAAGACUAAACGUGUCAGGUGGGGGAACCUUGCCAGCAGUUCAGGUAACUUGUCUGUUAUUUUUUUAAGACACUUUCCUUGAAUUACUAUGGCAAUUCGAUGGGUAAACUUACUACCCUUCUUAACACACAGCCUUACAAAGAGACCUUUUAAAGAUGGACCAUCCUAAUGACAUUUCCGCCCACCUGCUGAUAACGUGAACACGGGAUGAAGGCCAGGGAGGGCUUCACGCUCUUACCUGAGACUUUCUAGUACCAGUCGGUACCAGACAGACAUCUUGGUUUUUCCAGCGAAGCUUGUCAUGUUGGAGCGCCCGCUUACAGCAGUUCUCUUCACGUUCUCAGUCCUUUGAGUGGUCGAUAAGCAGCCACCUUCCACCUCCCUGGGGAGUCUGUCCCGUUCACACACACUGUCAUUUGGUGUGUUGGCUCCUCCCCUGACUUUCCUCCACAGGAAGAAAGAGCCUGGAACAGGGAGACCCCUGGAAGGGACCCUUCACUCCAGCUCAGUCGAGGUGAGCACCUGAAAGACAGGAGUGAGGAAGCAGCUCCUCGGUAGGGAAGGAGGUGCAGCCCGUCCUCAGUCCCACGGGUUGCUGUGGCAGCGGCUGGUGCUCAGCAGCCUCUCUGCCCACACGUCCAGCGGGGAGACCAUUGCUGCGGUUCUGCUUGGCCUUUGUCUUUACAAAUUUCCCUCUUGGAUUUCGAGUCAGGCACCAAGCGUGAAUAGACUUCCACUUGAUCAGGAAUCUCCAGUCACAUCCUCUCUGUGAACAGCCCCUCUUGUCUUUGCUGUGGGCUCCACACCAAGGCCUCAUCUUGAGCCGACUUUGCUGGAGUUUUUAUCUUCUGCAGCAGACAGUGUAGGUGAGUGUGGUCAUCUCUUCACACAAACACAUCUUCCUGUGCUGCAGACCAGCUGUGUAUUAUCUCUGCCCGCAGUAGUGGGAGUAACUCCUUUUUCAUAAAUGACUCCUCACCCGUGUCCGAAAAAUGUGAACGUCAAGUCCUUACUCUCUCUCUGGUCUUAAGAAGGGUUUGGUUAGAGGCUGUCUUCCCAUUUAACUCGUGGCUCUUGUCUAGUUUUUGUUCAGAGAACCACCAGGGGAUCUUCCCCCGUGCGUCUCAGCGGAUUCUUAGGCAAUAAUUUCCCUUCUCGUCGGUGGCGCCCUGCAUCGGGUAGUUCUGACCCUCUACUUGUGUGUCGGUUUUCUGUGUUAAUCUCUGUGAUAUAAUCUUAUGUCAGUGGUGAUAGAGUUUGUCAUUUUGUUGUUGUGAAUAUUAGUAAUGUUUUACUACUGUAUUCAUUGGGGCUGCGUUGAGACCAGCCACAUCCAUCUAUAGCUUUACUGAGCCAGAUCUGUCUGUCAGGAUUUCCCAAGUGAAAGGUGGGCACAUUGGCCAGCUCCCGCUGCUGGUACCUUUGCAGGGCAGAGGGAUGGGGUGGGGGGUGCAGGGGUAGGAAUUACAUUCAACAUUCCUUUUUGUGAGCUAAGUAGCAAGGAUGUUUGCUCAGGGUUUGGGGUCAGGUGUCAGCCAUAUUGAACUUGGCAAACUGAGCUGCAUGCCCUGGAAACCCUCUUCUGUUUCUUAAUUUCCAUAUUGUCUAAUUUACGUUACCUAGCAAUACCCACGUUACCCAGUUUAAAGGUGUUGCGCCAUAAUGAAAAUGGAAGGUUUUCCGGGGGAGGCAACGCUGAAUGACCAGGUUCUCCUGUAAGGAUUUCCCUAAGGGCCACGUGCUGUCAAAGCAGAGGCCCUUUCUUUUUCUGUACUUCGGUCUCCAUUAUCUGCUCUUCUUUUCAGAAGAUGAUACUCACGUAAGAGGAAAGAUUUCCUUACUGCUCUCAAGAGACUUGCCACACUAUGGUGGUGGGAAAGGCUUUUUAAACACAUCAAGUCUACAAGUCCAUUUUUCGAUUACAGAAACUCCUCUUGCAAAUAGGUGAUGUUUGGAAGGCUGUUCUUAAUUCUCUUUACUUAUAAACUAAAAGUGAUGACUUACCACUCUUGCCAUCAGAGAAGGCCAAUAGUUGAUCACUGUAAGUUUAUAAAUUGAGACGUUUCUGUGUCAGCUUCAUGAUUCUUCCCUAGUGGGGAUGAGAAACGCAGCAAAAGGAAAGCUAAUAAGGAUCUGAAAAAUCUACUCUCCUGGAACAAUGGUUUUCUUUUCUAAUCAAGAGGGGAAUAAAUAUAAGAGGGAAAAGCUGGCUCACCCAAGGCUCUCACAUCCCCUUCUCACCGUCACUCAAGGACUCAGGGAUGCGGCGGGUGCCUGGGGAUUGCAGGUGUGCACGUCCUGGACGUCAUUCUCAUCGUUCUCAGUCUGAACUAAAUCUAGUUGAUUCCAUUCAAGUGAAAUCUAACUAGCACUUUGAUACCCCCGACAGUUUGCCGCACACAUUUCACACCCACUAUCCUUAGCCAGCUCCCGGAGAACAAACAGAAGGGUACAUCUGCGGGGGCCCUAGCCUUUCUCUCCUGACGUCCCUGUUACUUGGCAAGUUUUCAGGCGCUUUGCCCCAGUCUGGACGGCAGUAUCGUGCCCUCCGAUGGGUGCGCGCUGCCGCGGCGGCGGCCACACACGGGCCUGAGCGCGGGAGCGCGGGCGCGCGUGCACAGCUCAGCUGGCGCCCGAGACACCUUGGGAUGCUGGCUCCGUUGACUGCAUUUUCAUUUUCUCUCUUUUAAAUAAAAGUGGCUUUAUACAGCCAUAAUUAACUCUCACAUUCACGUUGGUGUGCUGUGAUCAAAUGAAGGUUUGCCUGCAUCCUUUCAAAUUGUAACCAUGGUAAUUGGGGGUGGCAUGGAAUGAAUAUAUAAAAAUAUAAUGACAAUUGUUCUGAAUGACUGAGUGUCCCCCUGACAUGUAAUUAGCUGUUUUAGCAAGAUGUAGAUUGGCAUGGUCAUAAUUAAAAGGAUUUCUGUCCUUUAUGUGAUUGGAAAUGGCAGCGUUCCCAUUCCCUGUUCCCUUUUAGCACGAGUGCUCCCAAGAACAUUUGGAACAGCAACUCAGUAAACUAAAAUAAUGACAUGGUCUUCGCAUCUUCUAAGUGGAAGAGAGGAUUUGGAGUUUUAUUUCAGCUUCAAAAUGGAAGCCUUUGAUUACUGCUCUCCAUUUGACUUCUAAGUCACUUGAAACCUCUCACAUCCAGUUCCAACCUGCUUCUCCUUUGGCAAAAAAUACAGUCAGAAUCUCAAACUAAGUCAGCCGCUGAUGAGGCCUCCAGAUCACUGUCCCACGUGCUAGCCGGCAAGGGUGUCCUGUUGGCCUGGCCCAGCGUUUCCUGCUUAACGAGCUUGCUAGAAUUCUAAACUUUUCCUUGGUCACUUGGUAUUUCCAUUGCCAUCACCAUCAGAAAGUAUUUUUCAAACAGGAGCUUAUACAUGAGUUAAACAGGGUUUUCUUGGUCUAGAGCAGAAGACUGUGGCAAAAGUGGGCACUGGUAUUUGCAGUUUCCUAAUAAUGUUACUGGAGGAAAAGGACAUGCAUGAGUGUCACCCAGGCUUUCUCGUAUCGCUGGCAGGCACCUGCUUCCUCCUGUCGGCAGCCCCUGCUUAUCCUGAGUUUUCCUCGUUGUUCUGCUGGGUCAGGGGGAUUGUCCCCCUGCCCUUCCAAGUCCGCGUUCUUGCCCUCCCACUUUUCCAUCCACCCUGUCCACUGAACAACAUCGUGUGGUCCUGGCACCUGACACGGCCUCCUGCCCACAGAGCCCACGUUCUCGCCCUGAGGCCUCAGGCUGGGUGGGAGCUGCUGCAUCACUAUCCAGUGUUUCUCUAGAAUGUGCCUGCUUUGGUUUUUUCCCAUCACUUGCGGAAGUCUUUAUUCAGUUAUAUGAUCAAAGGUGAGGCUAUACCAGCACCCAGCACAGUGCCAAGCGACCUUCACAAGCUGCUUCGUUCCCUGGGGCUCCUGGCGAGCCGCAGAGUCUGGCCCCGGGCCCUUUCUUCAGGCCUGGACGUUCCAGGGCUGGGGAGCACUACUUACCCUUACACAGAUCCUCCCCUCUCCACGUGUCAGAGGGAGUCCUAACCCAGCGCUCAACUUCAGUUUCAGAGAAAUGCUGAGGUAGGCUGCUCACACACACACACACACACACACAAUUUGGAUAAAGUUUCUGCCUUGGGAUUCUUUUUUGUUCCCUUCAGAACACCUACAAUCAAACGUACAGUAGUUGGGCUAGAGCAGGAAGAAUAACGCCACAAGAGGUUUUCAGUCAGGGCUGUUGUCCCCGUAAGAUCUACAAGCGACUUCGCCUCGCACCUGCUUUCCACGUGUGCGCGCGUGGAGACCCACCUGCGGGCUCCUGACAGUUGGAAUGGCUGGGGUUUUAUGGCCCCAAAGACUAGAGUAUCACAUCCCUUUCUUACUUUCCCAGCUGCUGAAAGAUAAACAUCUCCAUUAGAACUAAAAAUCUGUCCUAAGAUUAGCGAUUCUGAGAAUUGACUAGAUGAGUAUAAUUCUGUGACUUGUGAGACAUGCACUAAAGCAGCCAGCAGGACAUUCUGAUCAUCUGCUUACAUUCAAAGAAAAUAGAAUUAUCACUGCAGUUAAAACCUUCUAACACGAUCUACUAUUUUAGUGAUCAAAGUAUGAGAUAUGCUGCGUAAAGGAUGGUGCUACUUAAAAGAACUGGAGUCGGCAGGAUGUUUACCUUCCUGGCUGUUUCCGGAGGCCGCUUCAGUCAUUCAGAAAACCCUGCACCACGUGUUCCUUUACCACCCGCGGCCCCCUGCUAAAAAGAAAACAAUAAAGCCAGCUUACCAAAGUCGGUGAAAAUAUAGGUAGUGCUUCCCCAGAAUAUGUAUUUUUCGGAGCGAACCACCAGAAGUAAGUUAUUCUUGCAGGACACCACUGUAAAGCUGUCACUCUAAGUCACAGCAGACGUUAACCACCCCCCACCUCUGAGCACUGGAAGCUCGGAGUAGCCACUGAUGUUUCCCAGGCGUGGCCCGCGUGCCCAGGACCAUGCUCAGCGUUUUCAUGGUCUCGUUUAUUCUUGAAGGUUCACAGACUUGGCCCUGAGCAGUGCGCCCUUAACAGAUCAAGUCAAAUCUCUCAUUGCUUCUUUCAUCUUAGUGGGUUGUUAAUGAGAUGUGUGCCUGGCGCUGCUGAGUGAAAUCUCCGCACUUAACCCAUUCCUUCUCGUGGGCAGUGCUGGCUGGUCCCCACUGGCACACUGUCGCUCCACCGUCAUUUCUGUGCACUUAAUUCCCCCGACACUGGACCAGCAUUACUGUGAUGAUCCAGACACCAGAGCAUCCUUCUCCUUGGCCUUCCUCCUCCGAUACUGACGGUGAUGGGAACACAGCGCAGUGAGGUUGGGCAGUUGUGACGUGAAACCUCUUGUUUCAAGUCCCCUGUCCCAUCUGGUGAAUGUGACGGUCUUGCCUUUUGCUGGAAAGGAGCAUUGUGGCUGCCUUCAGUCUUGAGUUCGAGGGGAGCGUGAAUGUACUGGCUCUCCCUGGGUCUGGCUGCAGCCAGCUGAGAGGAGAAACUGCAAGCUCUCUCCCUGUUUUCUCUAUUCAGCUCUUCAAGCAUCUUUUCAGUGCCUGUUACUUUUAGGCAUCCCGCUUGCGUUUGGAAGUUUUGCUAAGCCAUUCCAACUCACCCCCGACCCGUCCCUUCCGUCAUUGUCCCCAGAGGCACUGGGGCUGGGCCAGCGCUCUGGGGAGUGGAGGCUCUAGAAUUCCUGAAUCUCAUCGGGUCUGCCCUGCCUCGGACUCUCUGGGGCUCAGCGUAAGGACUUUCUAAUAACCACAGCCCAGCACAGGGUGAGCGGCCUCCAGGUUCACGUGGCAGCUCAGUGACCGCUGUCAGAGUGACCGUUGUCAGGGACACGGGCUCCAGGCUGACCUGCAGACUUGGCUAACAAAUUCCAUGUUUCUCCCUCUCCCCUUCUCCUGCUCCUUCCUCUCAGUAAGUAGUUCCCCAGGGGCCGACUCUGUCACCUCUCUCUCCUGGCUCCUCGGUCAUGCCCCAGGCACCCUUGAAGUCCGGGAGACAGAACCACCCCAGGGGCAAGGCCUCGCUCGGAGCGGCCCCGUCAGAGGGUUCACCAGGCUGACCACUGGGGAUUGGGGGCCCCUGUAAUAGGCACCUUGUUUAACUAGCUGGCUGAUGGGGUUUUUGAUUAUCCACCCCCCCCCCAAAAAACCCACCCUUAAGGUGAGGGAAGGCCUUCCGCUGAGGCCCACCCCUUCAGAAUGGAGACGAGGCUCCUCACAAGGAAGGGCGCAGGACUCACCAGCCGGUGUGCACGGCCGAGCUGCUCUCAGGAUGCGGCCCCUUUACAACUCUGUCGUCGCCCCGUCACUUCUGGGUCAAGUCUAAAUCUCAGUCUGGCUUCUGGCUUCUGGCUUCUGGCUUCCUUUGAGCAUGGAGGCCUCUCCUUUCUUUUGCUUUACUGGAACUAGGAGCCGAGCAUGAACUGGUGGGGGUCACUUUUCCACUUCAUCAUUCACUGAAGCUAUUAAACUGGAAACGAAAUGACAUCAGUGCUGUAUUCAUGUAAACAGCAGCCCCUCUAGCGAUACCACCCUGAACUCUUGUUUUAUGCCAGCUUCAUGGGGGGGGGCAGUACAUACAUUAGUAGUGGAUUGAAUGAAGGUUAGAGAGCCUGGCUCUGGGCUCCUGUCAGGACCGUGACUGUUCUGUUCGUGAUCAUUUGCCUUGAAAACCACACGUGAGGAUUGCGAGUCAGUGAACCCCUUAACCAUGCAUCUCUGCAAACGGGCCCCACGAAACCAAAACCAAAGUUACCGGGGAUGGGACCAGCCCUGGCAGCCCACUGUCGCUCUCCGGGGCUGCCGGAACGCUCCUGGCAGCAGGGCCUCUCCUCCCCUGGUGGUUUUUCUCACACUGAUGACAGAAAGCAAGUCGGCAGCCCGGACCGCCACCGAGGCGUCCGGCACGCGCCCUGGCCCGGCUGGCCUCCCCGGUUCGCGGGGCUGCCGGCUGGGACACGGCCCUGCCAGAGGAUGCCCAGAACAUCGUGGCUGCCUCCCCUGGAAGAGCCCACAGCCUUCUGUGACCCCACGGGCUCCCCUCCCUCCCACGGCCAUGGUCACGUUGGGGAUGCAGUCCCUUUGAGGGUAAAUUUCUCUUUCUGUUUUUUUAAGUGCCUACACAAGUUACAGACCUCUGGGACCGGCCCCUCCCUCCCCCACCCUGCCCUCGGCCCAGCCGACCCCCUUCCCCCACAGGGUCCCCGGGUUCUGCCCGCUUCCCGUGCCGCUGCCGCGGGGCUGCUUCCGCUGCCAGGGUCCCGCUCUUGCUCAGAGACUGUUAAGGGGCCCGCUUAGCGGAGUCCACGGCUACCGAGGGAGGCCGGAGGGCGGCGGCCUCAGAGCAGGCACCGGGGUCUCUGACAGCAGCCGGGAGGUGCACCCUGACCUGACAGGGCGGAGUCGGAUAAUCACAGUUAAAAUCAGGAUGAUGCCUUUGCCAUCCUUACUCCUGUCGGCAGCCUCUCUUCCUAGACUUGAGGGGCCGGGCGUCUGCCCACAGGGGCCCAGAAAGGCCGACAUCAGUAGGGGGAGGAACAAGAUCAGAGGUGCGUCUUUGAACACGAGUGUGAGAUGAUGAUCUGUCUGCUUCUUGUUUUGAGUACUUUUAAGUCUGACCUGUGUGGGGCCUUGGCCGCGGGGUAGGGGUCCGGGGGUUACCAUGUGGCCGCACGGGGGGCAUCCCGGCACCAAGCAGCGCGGAGAUGAUUUGUUGGUGCGUUAGAACGUUCUGCAAAACGGAACAAUCCAUACCCAGGCACUUUAUUUUCAUUAAUCCAGCAUUUUUCUUCAGACAAUGUGACAACCAGAACGCUGGGCAUUCCCGGCUACCACGUGUGGGCGAGUUUGCCAGAGGACCUGUGAGCUGGGGUGGGGGGGCGGCGUGGCUGGAGGUGAGCAGGCGGGGGGCGCUGCCGCGGGGAGGUUGAGGGGGCUUCUCUGAGCCCCUCCCCUGCUCGGGUGCGGUCCCUCGGUCCUCCAGGUGCGCGGGGCAGCUCCCGGGCUGGAGGAAGCGGGGUGGAACGAGGCGGGGAGAGAGGCGCGGAGAGAGGUGGGUUCGUCCCCACUCACCUGGCCCCGAGCCGGGUGCCGGGGGAUGGCCUCCACCUCAGAGCGGCUCCGUCUCCGGUGCCUCGCGGGGUGGGGACUAGCUGCGCGGCAAGCUCUAAGCCGGGAAG